GUAUUUGUCGCUUACUACCGAUAACAAACCUUCAGUGUGACUUUAACACUUUCCAAAUCGUGCCGUCUUAUCUUUAGUGCCAUAGCAUCCAUCUAAAUCCGUAACAAACGUACACGUAGCGAUCUCAAAGUCUGGAAUAUUUAACAAAGGACGGUCGUGCAACAACAACAGGCAGUAUGUCGUCGUCGUUCUUGAUUACCUGCUGUAUUAUGUUGAUGAUAUCCACCGUCCAUAGCCAGGACGCAUGCGCAGACUUGGACACUCAGGCGUGCGCGAGCAUGCAUGCAUCGCAACCGGGCCUCUGUGAAAUGGCACUUGCUGACUCGGUGUGCCCCGCAUACUGUGGCAAAUGCCCCACGCUGCCACCGACGACGACAACGCUGGCGUCGACAACAAAGCCGUGUGAGGACAUCGACACGCUUGCUUGUCAAAAGAUGCAACAAAGCAAACCAGACCUCUGCCGCGACGACAGUCUCGCUGAGCUCGCCUGCAAACGAUUCUGUGGAAGAUGCCCGGUGGAGUGUUACUCGUGCCCCACCCUGGUGAGGAGCUUGUCGGAAUGCAGGGCGACGACCAUGUGUCAAGUAAGCGAGGCUUGUUACGUGAUGGAAGUCUUUGACUUCGACGCUUCUCAUGGAUUCCACGCGGGAUGCAUGCCAAAAGACCUGUGCAUUCCUCACAAUAACGAGCUGAUGGUUGGUCGAAGUUCGAGCACGGUCCACACCAGCUGCUGUGAUACAGACCGUUGCAACAUCCCGGCAACAACAACUACUGCUCGCCCCACCACCACGACUACCUAUCAUCACACUACCCAUCAUACUACCCAUCGCACUACCCAUUCCAAAUGUGCGGAUCUCUCUUUCGUCUGUUCUCUGCUGACGACUUGUUCUACUGCGCAACACCACACCCAGUGUCCAAAAAGAUGCGGUGAUUGCCAUUAGUUAAAAAUUAAGAAUUACCGUUUCUCUGUAUUCUUUAAUUAAUACUAUUAAAUCAGGACAAUAAUAAA